CAGCAAACCAGAGCCUAAUCAGCAAGCAGCAGCAAACAGAGACAGACACAUACAUCACUGUCUCCUUCUUCUCUCUCUCCUCUCGCUGCACCUCUCCGCAGCAUAAACACCACAAAGUGCUACAGCAGCAGCAGGACCAGCAGCAGCAGCAGGACCAGCAGCAGCAGCAGGACCAGCAACAGCAGCAGCAGGAACCGCAGCUGCACCAGCAGGACCAGCAGCAGCAGCAGGACCAAGACCAGCAGCAGCACCAGCACCAAGACCAGCAGCAGCACCAGCACCAAGACCACCACCAGCAGCAGCAGGAUCAGCAGCAGCAGCAGCAGCAGCAGCAGCAGCAACAGGUUCUGGUUACCUAG